AUGAUUAUGAAAUCAGAAGAAGAAAAAUUUAAAGAUUGGGAAGAAAAAUAUAACCAUCUCAAAGAUAAAGUUGAAAACCAAGAAAAAAGGAUUUAUUUUCUGGAAAAAUGUGCAAGACAAAGAAACAUCAUAUUCUUUGGUCUACAAGAAGAAGAAUCAUCUUACUCGGAUUUGGAGAAUAUUUUUAUUGGCUUCAUAGAAAAACAUUUUGGUAUAAAGUUAGAAAUACGAGAUAUACAAGAAAUAUUGCGAUUAGGAAAAAAAGGAAAAGGACCUAGACCCGUAAAAGUAACUUUUAUAACCCUUGGUAGAAAGAUAGAAAUAUUCAAGCAAAAAAGAAAAUUAGACAACACCGAGUACUACAUCAAAGAGGACUACCCAAAGUAUGUUUUAGAAAAGAGAAAAGAGCUACAGGAAAGAAUUAAAAUAGAAAAAGAAAAAGGAAAUAAAGCUGUCAUUAAAUACGAUAAACUCAUUAUACUCCACAACAAGUCGGAAACAUAUAAUAACAAAAAAAGAAUGUUCUCUGCUUCACCAGAAACUAAUACAUCAAAUCCUCAUAAAAUAACAGAUAGAAGACCACAAGAGACACGAAAUAUUAAACAAAAAACACACUGUGCAUUGCAAAGGUCAGCUAAUACAGAGGGAGUUCUUAAGCCUAGUAUGCUAAAUUAUUUAGUAAGUAAAAAUACGAAUAGCCCAUCAAACCAGCAAGAUAACCAUGACCAAAACAAUGAUUAA